GUGACUUUAACUUACUUGUAAAUCUGCUUUAGACUUACCAGUUUCUCAAAUGUCGUUUAUCUCCUUAGUUGUUUGUCACGUUUAUUAUUUUUAAAAUUGACUCUGUAGUACCUGACAGCGAAGGCAACUAACGUUAGCUUUUACAGAGAGCUCCGGCAAGCGACAGUAGUAACUUAGCAUAUCAUUAGGUGGGUACUAAGAGCUAAGGUAGUGGCUAAAAUUCUGGAUAUCUAUAUGAAAGUCAUCUUCAUUCUGUGGACAACCGUGGGAGAAUAAAAUGAAGUGUCACUACGAGGUGUUAGGCGUCAGUAGGGACGCAACUGAUGAUGACUUAAAAAAGGCCUAUCGGAAACUAGCACUGAAAUGGCAUCCAGAUAAGAAUUUGGAAAACGCUGAAGAAGCAGCAGAACAAUUUAAGCUGAUUCAGGCAGCUUAUGAUGUCUUGAGUGACCCUCAGGAGAGAGCUUGGUACGAUAACCACCGGGAGGCGCUACUAAAAGGUGGAGUGACUGGAGAAUACCAGGAUGAUAGCAUUGAUCUCCUGCAGUAUUUCACCGUCACUUGUUACUGUGGUUAUGGAGAUGAUGAGGAGGGCUUCUACACGGUGUACAGGAAUUUGUUUGAGGCCAUUGCGAAGGAAGAGAUGGAACACAGUAAAGGGGAGAAUGAAGACGAGGAUGAGUUUCCCUCAUUUGGAGACUCUCAGAGUGACUAUGACACUGUUGUGCAUCUCUUUUAUGCGUACUGGCAGAGUUUCUGUACACGGAAAAACUUUGCAUGGAAGGAAGAGUACGACACUCGACAAGCAUCCAACCGCUGGGAGAAGAGAGCUAUGGAGAAGGAAAACAAAAAGACGAGAGAAAAGGCCAGGAAAGAGAGAAGCGAGUUAGUGCGGCAGUUAGUGGCCUUUGUGCGUAAGCGUGACAGAAGAGUGCAAGCGCAUAAGAAAGUUCUGGAAGAGCAGAAUGCCGAGAAAGCCAAGAAGGUGGAGGAGCGGAGACGGAAACAGAAACUCCAUCAGGCCAAGCUGGCAGAGGAGUAUAAGGAGCAGAGUUGGGCGGCCAUGUCAGUGUUGGAGAAGGAGCUACAGCACAUAGAGGCUCAGUACGGCCAGGAGUUUGGAGACGCAUCAGAGAGCGAGGAGAGCGUCGAGGACGGGCCGGACAGAGUGGACCACGGGGGAGGAGACUCCACGCAAGCAGAUGGUGCCGCCGAUGACGUCGAUGGCUAUUAUGACGAUCUUUACUGUCCGGCGUGUGACAAAUCCUUCAAAUCUGACAAAGCCAUGAAAAAUCACGAGAAAUCAAAGAAGCACAGAGAGAUGGUGGCCUUGCUUCGGCAGCAGUUAGAGGAAGAAGAUUCGUUAAGUCUGAACUCUGGGGAAAGGGAUGGAGAGGAUGAGGAAGAUGAGGAAGAAGAAUCAGAGGACACACCAAAACAAAAGCUCUCCAGGAAGCAGAAGAAGAAGAGACGACAGCAGAAGAAUAUAUAUAACUCCACUGAAGAGCCCGAGGCUGAGGGUCCGGUCCCAGAGUCCAAUCUGGAGACCCCACCCCCACCUGCACCAGAGCCGAGCAGCAGUGAGGACACCCCCGACCCCUCUAAGGACGCUGGGCAAGGUGUUGGUCAGGAAGGACUGGCCACGGCCAACAGUAAAACCUCUGGAAAGACAAAGGGGAAGAAAGCUGGGAAAGAGUCUAAAAAGAACACCAAACAGCAUGGAAGUGGGGAAUCAACCCAGGAGCAGAGAGAAGUAAACCUGCGUUGUGUGACGUGCCAGUUUGAGUUCGCCACCAGAAACAAACUGUUUGAUCACCUAAAAACAACAGGGCAUGCCACCGCUCUCAUGUCCAACGGCCCCCCGCCAGGCAAAGGCAAGAAAGACAAACGGAAGAACAGAUAGCCAUGGCAACAAGGAAAGGCAUUUAAGACUGAACCAACCAGUGACCAGGGGGGUCUUUUUAAGAACACUCGACCAGAACAGAACUGCACUCUGAAUACACCUGAAAUGUCGUGACUGGGUUUAUUUUAAAUGAAAUGCGUGACUGAACAUGAGAGAGUGAGCAAGAGUAAAUGAAGAUGUUUGUAGUUUUGUUUCUGUGCAUGUUAUGAAACACUCAGUGGCCUGAAGGUUAAAUGGUUUACAGACGGAUUCUGAGUAUUCACUAGUAUGAAGAGCCCUCAUUUUCAGGUCACAGCUCAUAUCUUUGACCCCUAAAGACUAGACUCAGGAUUGCCAAAGCUAAGCUGAUCGUUAAGGAAAUAAAACCUUAACUCUCUUAUGCACAAAUACUGUAUCACUGUUUGUAUUGACUGCACGUUGGCAGUCCGUCCGUGGAUCUUGGCAGUCAUUAAACGUUUAUGGUGGAUAUGUCAAUACAUGCCUAAUCUAGCUGCUGCGGUUAUCCGAUUGAGUAUCCAGCGGUUUGGAGUGACCAAGGGUCUAUUAUUCAGCGCAGUGCAAUGUAUGGAGAAUGACUAGAUAGAGAGACUUGCUGCUCAUUGAUGGUUUGAGUGCCUUGAGCUUACUCCAAACAGAAGGUAAGUAUGUGCUUUAAUUAAUGUGGUACAUGGGAUGUCACAAACAUGUCAUACUAAACCUGGAGAUGAAACUAGACCCUGACUGGAAUAAAUGGCAAUAAUGCAUCAACAGGCUUCCUUUUUGCUCUGAAUUUCUUUAGUGUGUGUAGUCCCCACACUCUUGAUUUAAAGCGACAUUCAUUUACCAAGUUUAGCCUGUUCUCUCAGUAUUCUAUGGCUAAUUCAGUACGUUUUCAGUAGACUCAAACAUUAAGAGUAAUUCACAAAUAAACUAAUUAGUUUUCACUUAUUCAAGAGCCUGGUUUGAUGAACAGGAGAUUGGGGAGAAAGUCAUUAGGUCCAUUACACAAUUAUUUUUUUCCCCCAUUCGUGAUCUGACAAACUUCAUGUGGUUCUUUCGCUGCCUAAGGUUAGGAGCAGCCUCUUGUGAACAAGGACAUUUAUUUAUUGCUUUCC